UGCAAGCAUCUUCUAAACGUGUUCAUUCAUAUGCCAUGGUCCAGAACAGACAAUAUUCAUGCUGCCAACACCAAAUACCACAAACAAGGCAAGUUAAAACCAAAUACAAAACAAGCAUAUAAUAAAAAGAUAUAGAAUUUUAAACUCAACAUAAUAACAUUCCCUCUAAUCCUAAGCUAACCUGGAAUGCCUUGUCUAGAUGGGUCCAAAGUCUAAAACAAUAGAUGACCACAUCACGUAAUCAAGUACUUAGAGCAUGAUUAUUGGAAGGUUCUUAAAGUGAAGUUUUUAGCGGAAUAUAAAAAUACGUUUCUUAACUUUUAACUAAAAAAACUAAGAAUUGUCUCUUAAAACUCUUAUUUAAGAGCCGGUUCUUAGCUUUUUUAGUUAAAAGUUAAAAGUCAGGUUUUUAUAUUCCGCUAAAAACUCUAUCUUAAGAACCUUUAUAUUCCAGAAAAGUAUACAAGGACACAGUGGUCCACCGUCCAUCUCCCGACUUUUCUUCCCCUUUUUAAACACUUCAGAACACAACACAUUCACUCCAAACCCCAACCCCAUCCAUCAUCAACAUUGCUUAGUCUUAACCAUAGUUCCACCACCAUCUUCUCAAGGCUACAACUUAAAAGCUUAACCAGAAAUGGAGAAAUCACAACGCUGGAGUUACGUGAAAGACAAGGCUAUAAUCUCCAACCUUGCUGAACAAGAAUGGGAGAAUAGCAUGGAUGGGGAAGAGGAGGAUGCAGGAGAUGAAGACAAAAGGAAGAGAGUGACGGAGAGAGCUAGGGAUACUAACACAGACCGUGUUCCACCGCGGCUAUGCCAGGUCCAUAGGUGCACUGCUAAUUUAACUGAAGCCAAGCAGUAUUACCGCAGACACAAAGUCUGUGAAGUUCAUGCAAAGGCAUCUGCUGCAACUGUUUCAGGCGCCAAGCAUCGUUUUUGUCAACAAUGCAGCAGGUUUCAUGAGCUACCAGAGUUUGAUGAAGCUAAAAGAAGUUGCCGGAUGCGCCUAGCUGGACACAAUGAGAGGAGAAGGAAAGUUUCUGGUGACAGUUUCGGCGAAAGGUCAGGCCGGAGAGGGUUUAGGGGUCAACUGAUCCAGACUCAAGAAAGAAACAACGUAGACAUGAAACUUCCUAUGGCCAACACAUCAUUCAAACGACCAUAGAUCAAAUAAACAAUAUCAACACACCAGCUCUCUAUCUUCUGUCAUCUACUUAUGGUCUAUAUCUACAUUAUCUUGUUAUCCAAAUAAUAGCAUCUAACUAUGUCAAGAAAAAUGAAUCCUACACCAAUAUAUAACUACAAAAGUCUAGUACCCUUUAUGCUGUCAUAUGAAGGAUGGCUAUCCACAAAAUGUAAUAAGAGCUUUGCAUACUCUUGCGUCUACUUAUGUUUAAUAAUGAUUAUGAUAUGUUUUUA